CCUAUUUCCUCAACGUCGUAUAACAUUUGGUGGCAACGGUAAAGGGAUUUAGAAAAAUAAAAUCCCCGGUUCGCCUCUUUCACGUAAAAUUCAAGUAUAUAAAUUCACGCGUGUGUGUGUUUGUGUUCAACUUCGAGUUCUGCUCCGGCCCUCAUAGUCGUCGUCUUCAAGAAAGCAGUCCACCUGGGGCCCAUUGUUGGGCAUCGCCGAUAUUCAACGUGCUCCAACCGGCCUCAAACCACCUGCCAGGUUACCCACUGUCACGCGAUAUUGACGCUGUGACCGGUAUACCAUUGAAGCGACAACUAGUGAUUCAUUAUCACAUACACGGUAUCCUCAUCACUGUAUCCAGAUCUAAGCGCACCUCCUAUCGACAUCGAGAUUUCACCGUAUCGACGACGUCACGCCGUGCCUGUAUUUUGUUGUGUCUACGCGACCAGCGACAUGCUCGCCCUUAUCACGUUUCCUGCAUUCCUGUGAGUGACUUUUUAUUCAUACUUAUUCUAUUGGUCAUUGCUACUCUGUACUCGUGUUUUUUUUUAACAAACGAAUUCUUGUCAUAAUUGUAUAAUUUUAUUAUUAUUAUUUUUCUUUUAUAUUCACAUUUUGUUACUCAUUUAAAAUGGCCGAAGGUCGUUCAACCAGCCCGAAACCCGAAAUCUCUGUCACAGACACAGAGGAAGAUACCCAGGGCCAAUUACAUCCAGGCCCCUCCACUAGAUCUAGUAAAAAGAAAGCGGCUGUAAUUCCCAAAUCCGAAAUUGAAUUAUCCACUUUGCUUAAAUUUAUAAAGCCAUUUGAUGGUUGUAGAGAAAAGUUAAAUUCAUUUUUAGUAAAUUGUAAUAAUGCUUAUGAAAUAGCCUCGGACACACAAAAAGAUAUUCUCUUUAAAUACAUACUCUGUCAGUUACAAGGCAAAGCAGAGACCGCCUGUUCCAUUAAAGAAUUUACUAAUUGGCAUCAGCUUAAAGAGUUCCUCAAAACGCAGUUCAGCGAGAGGAAACAUUACGCUCAUCUCCUCACCGAAUUACAGGAAUGCAAACAACAAGUCACUGAAACUGUCAGUCAGUAUGCUUUAAGAAUAGAGACUUGCUUAUCUCAUUUACUUACCGAAAUUUCCAUCUCACACGGCCAUAAAAGUAGAGAAAUGAUUGGACGUAGUGCCGCGAUGGAGGAAUUAGCCCUCCAUCAUUUCCAAAUGGGGCUAACGCCUCGAAUAUCUAAUUUUGUUAGGAGUAAAUCCGUUAAAACUUUAAACGAAGCAAUUAAUAUCGCAAUUUCUGAAGAAAGAAUCCAACAAUCUUUAUCUAAACAUUCAGCCCCGUCUAGCAAUCAACAAUCUCGUCAGUUUAUACGUCGUAACCAAAAUCCAUCUUCAUUCAAAAACAAUCCUAUUACUCCUCGUCCUAAUAAUAAUAAUUCCAUCCUUGUCUGCCGAUAUUGCAAAAAUCCAGGUCAUACUAUAGAACAAUGCCGAAAAAGGGAAUUUAAUAAUAAUCGCUUCAAAAAUCCUGAUCAAAACUAUACAAGGCAACCCCGUGUUCAUUUCAUCUCCGAUGAAACUUCGGAAACUAACGAUGAUUUUCUUACCAAUCCUGAGGGCGGUUAUGACACCGUAGACUCUAAUCAAAAAAACGAGUAA